UCAGGCCUGACACGUCACGCGGCUUUUACGUCACGGGGCAGCACGCGGCUGCUGCAGGGCAGAGCAGAGAGGCAGGCAGAGCGAGCGCGAGGAGCGGCGGUUGUUUUUUUUUUUUUUUGCUCCCGUUCUCCGAACCCGAACGUUCCCGAUCGAUUCGCCGAACGUUCCCGAUCGAUCCGCCCGCUGCUGCUACCUGCACGAGCACGGAAUCACCUCGGCGGUAAAAACGUUGUAACCAUGGCAGCGGAGGGCUCCGUAGCCUGAAGCGGAGAGACCCACAGCCACAAGCGACAGAUUAAGGUCUGCAGCAUGUCUUCCUCCUCUCCCUCCUACUCUCCCUCCUCCUCUUCCUCCUCUUCCUCCCUGGCGCUGCCCUACUUCUGUCCUCGCUGUGGCGACCACGUUCGUUUCUCGUCCGUACCGGAGCUCCGGGUUCACCUGGUCAGCCGACACACCUACGAGACGCUGCUGCUGCUGUCACAGGCUGGAGGUGUCAGAAGCUCCAGAGCCGGUGUCCUGCUCCCACUCCCGGGCCAAGCUGUACCCCAGAAACAGAGCUCCUCUGUGGGCAUGGGAGCGGCCGGCCUGCCCCUGCCGCUGGCCUGCCUGGAUCUCGCCUCGUCCUCCGUGGUCUCCGUCCAGCUGCUCGGGGAAGUGUUCGGUCCUUCGAGCCGCCCUCUGGCUCCGGGGGACCCCUCCACGGCCGUGGCCCUGCCCGGCUCCGUGGAGCCCUUCCUGGGGAGGAGGCCCGGCGAGGUGGGGGUCCAGCUGGGGCUCCAGCUGGGGGUCGGGCUGGACCGUAAGGUCGCGCGCACCUUCGCUGAGGUGGAGGAGAGGGUGAACCGCCGCAUGGGCCGCCUGGAGGUGGAGCUCCAGAGGAGGGAGGCGGAGCUAGAGAGGGAGCGCCGUGGCGGGGAGCGGCUGAGGACGGAGAAACAGGAAGUGGAAGAGAGGGCAGCGUACCUGUCCAGACAGGUCUCUGCUGCCGUGGAGAUGAUGGAGCGACUAAAGAGAGAUCUGGAAGGAAAAGAUAAAGAGCUGAAUGAACGACAACGGGAGAUGGUCGACAUCGAGUGUUUUCUGAGGGCGACAGCAGAGAAAGAGGCCGCGGCCAAGUCCAGACUGCAGGUGUUCAUCGAGACGCUGUUGGAGCGAGCCGACCGCGCUGAGAGACAGCUGCUGCUGCUGAGCGCGCACACGCAUCACCACGACAACAACCGCUACGCACACACGUACGACGUCGCCGAGGGAUACGCCGCCGUACCGGGCCGAGCCGGGCGCAGCCUGGACGCCAGCACGGACGACAUCAUCGCAAACAAGAUGCAGGAAACCAUCGGCAACCGGCGGAGUUACAGCGUUUCAGCCUCCGACAGACUGGGAGAUCAGCCGUACGGCCAACAUCCCGACAGUGGUCCGACUGCUCGGAUGAGGACUCUGUCUCUGGGUUCAGGCGGCUGGGACGGUGAGGGGGGGCUGUUCCCCCCCGAGCACUACGCCCCACACUGGACCCACCGAGAGGGUCCCGGCUGGGGGGGGGCGGAGGGGGGGUGUGGGAGGACCUGGAGCAGAAGAAACCGUCGCCAAUACAGCACUGAAGAAGAAGAGGAAGAGGAAGAUGACGAUGAUGAAGAAGAAGAAGAGGGGUUCUGGAGCAGCGCUGAGAUGAGGAGAUUUGUCUUGGCCAGGAAACAUACGCCUGGUUCAGAUACCCCUUCCUCCCUCUGCUCCCCCCCCUCCCGUCGUCGUGGCAACAGGCAGCUGGGGGCGGGCACCCUGAGGCUGAGGGCGGGACUUUUCUGCGUGUUUCCGUAUCUGGACGUACGCUCGCUGCUGCGCGCGGCCGAGGUCUGCUCUGAUUGGAGGUUCGUCGCCAGGCACCCAGCGGUCUGGACACGCCUCCGGCUGGAGAACGCCAGGGUUUCGGCCGAGUUUCUGACCACUCUGUCUCAGUGGUGUACUCAAACUCAGUCCGUGGUUCUGAACAACCUGAAGCCUCGAAGCAAACGAGUCAACGAGACGCGAGAGGAUUACCACAAGAACACACGAGGCAGCGUGGAGCCGGGGGUUGAGGCCCUACUGAGGUCGGCAGGGGGCAGUCUGCUCCACCUGUCUGUCUCUCAGUGUCCCCACAUCCUCACCGACCGGACGCUGUGGCUCGCCAGCUGCUACAGCCGCAACCUGAAGACACUCACAUACAGGAGUUCAUCAGAUCCCAUUGGUCACGAGGUUCUCUGGGCCCUGGGCGCGGGCUGCAGGAACAUCAGCAGCCUGCAGGUGGCGCCGGCUCACCCCUGCCAACAGCCCACUCGGUUUGGAAACCGCUGCCUGCAGACGAUUGGUCGAUGCUGGCCACACCUCCGCUCGCUCGGUGUGGGCGGGGCCAGCUGUGGCACUCAGGGAUUGGCUGCUCUGGGUGAGCACUGUGCCCACCUCCAGGUUCUGGAGCUGGAGCGUAUCAGUGACCUGGGCCUUCAGGCCGCCACCGCGCUGUGUGACGCCGGACUGACCAGUCUGGAGACGCUGAUCCUGACGCACACGCCCGUCAGCGGCCAGGCCGUCCUGCACUUCCACAGUGUGUGUGAGAACAUCAGAUCUAUAACGGUGGAGGUGUCUGUAGCAGAUUACUUUGAAGAGCCGGACACUCAGGAAGCUCAACAUCUGUUUGGAGAAAUCGUCAACACGCUGAUGGUUCUUCGGGAGCAUUCGGGACUGUCUGACAUCCUGCAGGUUAAAGUGGAGGGAUUCUGCUGACCCCCGACACACACAGACACACUCAUACACACACACAGACACACACACACACUCGCACACA